AUGCCGCCGCGCCGCCGGGGUUCUUCGGGCUACCGCGGCGUCCGCGAGCGCCCCAAUGGCUGGUACUCCGCCGAGAUCCGGUCCGGCGACGUCCGGCUCGGCCUCGGGUCGUUCCGAAGCGCGCACGAGGCGGCCCGCGCGCACGAGGCGGCCCGCGCGUACGACGCGGCGGCGUGGCGCUUGGAGAGGCCCCGGUCGCAGAUGAACUUCCGGGACGUCUUCACGCGCGAGGAGGCGCAGCGCGUCGCCCCUCCGCCGCGUCUCAUCACCGACAUGGACCGUGCCGACCGGCGUCGGCGGAAGGCAUUGGCGAAUGCGCAGUGCGAUAUCGUUGAAGCAGGUGGGAGGUCGAUCUUCACGUCAGACGAUGAACGUUGGGACGACAUAUGGCUCGAUACCUCGGACAACACCGACGAGGAUGAUGAUGGUGAUGAUGGUAGCGACUUGGAGUAG